AUGUGGAAUCAACCUCAGGAGUAUUUCAUUGAAGCAGUCUCAAAUGCUUCGAUGGACAUUUUCCCUCACAACACUCUAACAAAAUUUUCUAAUCGAUUGGCUCGACCCAUUGAUUUGAGUGGUGAGUGGUUGGUAGGUCUUCAAGAAAUUUUCUAUCCAUCGGACAUAAGUGCAACAGCACGAAGUUUAUCGGUGCAUUUGCUUGUAGAUGGCUUUGGACAAAAGGUCAAACUAGAUGUAAUGUUGGAAGCAAAUGAUGACAAGAGGACUAUUAUUGAUAAAAUUAAUACAGCAAUGAGAAAACAUUAUAAUACUACAAAGGCUAAACGACCUAAAAGAGAUAUCAUGGAGACAAUUAACAAACUGUUAAAAGUCGAAAGCGCAAAUUUUACAAAUGAGGAGAAACUAGCUCAUUUGCGAGAGAUUAAAACUAAAGGUUUAGCAGCGUUUGAAGAGCUAUUGAAAAAAAUUGAUGAGAUGAACGGUCAAGUGAAAGAGAAAGAAAAAGAAAUUGCCUCUCUUUCAACCGAGGUAGCACAAAAAACUAAAGAAGUGGAAGUUGUGAAUAUAAACUUAGCUGCAAAAAGUGUAGUCCAAGAAGAUUUUGAAAAAUAUAAACAAGUUGCUCAGAAAAUGUUGGCUGAUCAAACCGAAAAGAUAAACAAACUUGAGCAACAACCUAACAAAGAUUCUGAGAUUUAUCAUCUAAAGAAAGAUUUGAGAGAUGCCUUGCUAAGGUUAAAACGAUGGGAAGAGGACGCUAUUGCUAAAAGAGCCGAAGCUUCCAAACUGAGAGCAGAACUAGAGAUUCUGAAAGGUGAACGUGAUAAAAAUUUGGUCGAAUUACAAGGAAAAUAUAACACAAUGAAAGAAGAAACUGAUAUUAAGAUUAAGAAUAUUGAGAAAGACUUUGAGCAUGCAAAGUCAACAAAAUCUGAGAAGGCUUUGGAAUUUGAAUCAAAACUGAAAAUUUGUAAACAGCAACAAGAAGAAGAGCUACACGAAUUGAAAGACCAAAUGGAAAGAGAGUCAAAAACAUAUGAAGAUAAAGUUAAAUUAAUGGAAGAAAGGGAGAAAAAUUAUCAGCAAUAUUUGAAAGAAUCACGUGAAAAGGUAGUUAAGCUGCAAGAAAAUGAAGCUGAAUUGCGGAAUAAGAUAGCUCAACUAGUUCCAAAAGAAGAGCUUAACAAUCUGAAUCAGAAAGUUGAAUCGAUUGCUUCAGAGAAAAGUGCUGUUGAGAUGACACUAAAAGAGUUGAAAGAUAAGCACGAUUCUUUGGCUAAUGAAGUAAUCAGGUUGAAUGGUGACUUGGCUAAACAAAAAGAAGAAAAAAAUCAACUUCUUGAAGAGGUUGAAAGAGUUAGACGACAAUUAUAUAAAUUUAAACCUUUGGUGGAAAAUGAACUGACUAUCAGCGAGGACGAUAAAGUACCUUUUAUUGAACUAGUUGGCGGGAAAAUAACUAUUCAUAGAGGCUAUUUACAUAAUAAAGUGAUUGUCCCACACUUCAACGAUUCAGCUUUUAUUUCUGCACUUGGGUUCGAUGCUUAUGGUUACCUUGAUAAGAUUGGUCGACUACUAACCACAAAUGAGGUUAGCAUGACUGCUGAAAAACCUGCUGCUUUAGACUUUCAGCCUCACUUGAUGUUUGUAAACUCUGACAUUGUCUCUGAACAUUUCGUUGGAGAUAAAUCAGCAAGGGUACUUCGUGUUUUGCCACUGAGAGGAGAUGAAAAGAAACAGAUAAUCCACGAGAGAUUCAUGAAGCCACAUUACUACCCAUUGCGAUCAAAUAGAAUGGAAGAUGUCAAUUUCAUCCUGAGUGAUGAGACUGGAGAACAGGUUAAAUUCAACUCAGGUCGUGUUUGUAUUGGCUUACAUUUGAAAAAAGUUGUAUAAGAAAACAAUGUAACAGAUAAUAAAUGAGAAUAAAGUUAUUGAAAAUGUCAAGAAAAGUUCAUUGUUCUUGUGAGUCAGACUUACAGAGAUUUUUCUCUUCUCAGGUAGGAAGUGGGUUUAGUGAUAUUAGCGUAUUUAAAGGGUCACCAUACCAAAGAGGAUAUGGAAUAGGAACUUUAAUUGGUAGAUUUGGAAUACCAAUAUUAAAAUUUUUAGGUAAACAAUUUCUCC